AUGUUAGGAAGUACUACGAGUACUAGUACUAACAGAAAAACUGCGGGGACAAGUUCUCGAAGAAAGAAAACAUUUCGAUACUAUCUAAAAAAUGACAAAGGUUUGAGAGAAAAUGUAUGUAAAACAUUUUGUUUAGCGAUCUUAGGCUAUCGGCUUAAUGAUGCUAAGCCUGUUAGAAAUGUUAUUUCAAAAUCAGACUGUACAUCUAUGACAGCAAAACCAGAUAAACGUGUCUCAAAUAAUCGAAAGCGUAUUGUUAAUCGGAACAUAAUAAAGGCACAUAUCGAAUCCUUUGGGCCACAGAUAUCGCAUUAUCGUCGAUAA